CGAAGAAGCCCUAAAGGGGCGAAAAACAAAAAGGGAAAAAUGGCGGCAACAAUUGGGUGGUACGGGCCGCUAAUCGAUCUCUGCAAAGCUUUUUCUUACAUCGGAGAUUUCGUUCAGCUCCUCGUCUACGUCCACAGAUCCACCCCUGUUCAGUAUAAAAUCGCGAGGAACGGAGGGGAGGUGGUGAGGAUGGAUGUUCUGGUCGGAGACGAAACGAGGUCGUAUUUUCCGGUGACCAUUUGGCAGAAGCAAAUGGGGGCUCAAGUUUCAGCUGGUUUAGAUAAAGUGAUUGGAGAGUGUCGUGUAGGGAUAACGACGAAGGACAAGCUUCAAAGAGUUGUUGGAUGGAUGCAACGAGCCAAACUUGCUCAUUGUGGAAGCGCAUUAAACUGUUUUGAACACAGGGGUCAGCUAAAAAUCAAUUGGAAAGUGCAUGAAGAUACGAAUUCCCAAGAUUGCACCUCUCUAUCAGAACUAUACGAGUACAAGGAAAAUUGUAAGGCUACUUUUCAUGCUUCUGUUGGUGAGUUAUUUCUACCCAUCACUUGGGUCGAACUUGGAGAGAAUGAAGCCGAGAGGAUGUUCAUUAGUCGGAGGCUACAUAAUAUACACGAUCAGAGCUUGGUUGACGAUCUCAUUACAACCGGCUGCCAAUUGUGUGGUACUCCAGUAAAUGCUAGACCUGGGUCAAGUGUGGAGCAAAACAUAAGUCAUUUGUACUGUCCGAAAAGCUCUAAUCGUUUCCAUACAGUGGGCACCAUAUACAGACCUUUCCUGUUAUAUGUAUGGGAUGACGUGAAGUACCUCCCGAUUUCUGUCAAGAACAAGGGAGCUGAAAUUCUGUUCGGAAAUAUCUCCGCUGAAAAAGUUCAUUCGUCUUAUAAAGACCAACGGGCUGGAAAAGACGGUUUUAACCCUCACCCAUCGAGCGCUGGGCAAAUCUUUCGGAUGAAGGAUAAAUUUGCUGAGGGCUGUGAAAAACCGAAUUUCUACAUGAUUUGGUUGAUUUUGUUGAGAACGUUGUUUCAGCACGAAAAGAACAGCCCGUUGAGAUUUAAAGUAAAAGUCGAUACGAAUAGAGAUUGGGAAAAUGGGAGGCUUGAGAUGCUAUCGGUUUCAAUUCCAGCUUUUAAAAGAAAUCGAGCAGCCUCGAGUAGAGCUGUAUUGUCUAAAAAAACUUCAGUAGGAUUGUCUUAAGUUGAAGUAGUGAAAUGAAAAUUCUUGUUCUGACUUUCUUGUAUUUUCAGAAUUUUCUGAAAUAAAUUAGAGCUGCAAAUUUGAUAUCUGAAGUGUUGG